AUGGGCAAAGCAGAAGCUGCAUCCAAGGAUCUGGACAACAUCUGGAAACAGAAGAAUAUCUCCUAUCCCUUCAGCACAACCGCUGUUUUCGUAUUUGGAGUGCCUGGUAACUGCCUGAUCCUGCGUGUCUACUGGACCAAGGCACGCAAGACCAGCACCCACGUUCUGAUCAUGGCCCUGGCCUGGGCUGAUCUGUCCGUUUGCCUUUCCAUGUCUACUAUGAUUGUGAAACUUGCUCUAGAAUGUGGAGGCAACGGUGCAAACUCUAUAUUUUUCUCGUUGAUUGCGACUUUUGCGGAUAUAGGUGUGCCUGCUUCGCUUGGUAUCACCGCUUUGAUUGCUGCAGAUCGUUAUGACUGCAUAUGCCGGCCACAAAAACGGUAUUGCACGCCAAGACGGGCCAAGGUAGCUGUUUUCGUUGUCGUGCUGUUCUCAGUUAUGUUAGGUUUUCCUGGAGGCAUCAGAGAGUACCUGUAUCCGCCCAUAUUAAGCAUAAACCUACUUCAGCCAAUUGCCGAAACCAUUGCUGUCUUAACUGCAUUUGUAACAAUCGGACUGUGUUACGGGAAAGUUUACGCGGCGAUCUUGAAACAUGUAAAAGUCGGUGGCAUCCUUGAACGCACAUUGACGCAAGAUGAUCAGAUCGCCAUCAAGAUCGACAAAGACCGAACGAUACCAUCGACAUAA